UACUUGUUUGUAGCAAGUUCGUUUUUGUCGUGUCCUCAAAUUGGCUGGGUAGUAAAAGGAAAGUUAUGCCCAGCUCGCUUUCUAUAUUUUUCUUCUCCUCUCUCUAAUUCUCGAUUCCUUUGAUUUGAUUUCCAGUUUUCUUUAUUAGAAUUCUGUCUCAAAAACAAGUCUUUUGAAACCAAAAGCUAAAGCAAUUUUUUUUUUAACUCAACAGCUUGAUUUUCUUAAAGUCAUCCCCAGCUUAUUUUUUUAAUUCCAUUCUUUAAUAAUUGUUUGUAACUACUUGUUUGAUUGAGUCUACUACUUAAUUAUGGACCCAAUCUUUGAAUCUUGAAAUCCAAACAAAAAAGAAAAGAAGAAGAAGAAGAAAUGUUUGCAAAGUUGCCGGUUACCCACCAAAAAGCUUCAACUUUUGGGUUUAGUCAUUUAAUUUCCAGCAAUAAAGAUGUUUCCAAGCUUGGGUAUUUCUCAAUAAACUCUGCUUCACGCCAUAAGCUAAGGUUCAAGUUUGUGGGAGCUCAUGGGGAUAGAUGGAAGCAUACCAAUGCUGUGCAAGAAAGCAUAAAUUCGUGGUUGUCAAAAACCCAGCAUUUUUUGACUGAGGUAACUUUGCCUCUAGUAAAAACUGGUCAAAUUGGAAAGCCUGAUCCUGGAAAUGAGGUUGACACUCAAGACAUGGAUGACAUAUUCUUGGGAGAACAGACUAUUACUGGUAGUAUGCCUAAUGGAAAUCUAUCAGUUACUGCUAUUGUGUCUAUUGAGCAGUUUAGCAGGUUGAAUGGAUUGACUGGACAAAAGAUGCAAAACAUAUUUAAAGCUCUUGUUCCUAAACCUGUGUAUGAUGAUGCUCGUAAUUUGGUGGAGUAUUGCUGCUUUAGGUUCUUGUCCAGGGAUGCCUCCGCUCUUCAUCCCUGCCUGAAGGAACCUGCAUUCCAGAGACUAAUUUUCAUCACAAUGAUUGCUUGGGAGAAUCCUUACAGUGGUAAAAAUGAUUUGCGUGCUCAUGCUUCGAGAAAAGCUUCUUUUCAGGGAAAGCUGGUGGGAGAAGAAGCCUUCACUCGGAUCGCUCCUGCAAUUCCUGGUGUAGCUGAUCACCCUACAGUGCAUAACCUUUUCAAAGCUCUUGCUGGUGAUGAAAAGGGCAUCUCAUUAAGAGUGUGGCUAACUUAUAUUCAUGAACUUCUCAAAGUGCAUGAAGCAAGGAAAUCAUAUCAAAUCCAUGAAUAUCCUCAGCUCUCAGAGGAAAGAAUUUUGUACACUGGUUCUAGCAGGAAACAACCAGUUCUAAAAUGGGAGAAUAACAUGGCAUGGCCAGGAAAACUUACUCUAACAGAUAAAGCACUGUAUUUUGAGGCAGUUGGAAUUCAAGGUCCGAAAGAAGCAAUAAGACUUGAUCUUACAGAGCAUGGAUUGCAAGUGAAGAAAGUGAAAGUUGGACCUUUCAAUUCAGGGGUUUUUGACUCUGGAGUAGCAGUUUCAUCUGGCCCAGGGUCAAAGUGGGUGCUGGAGUUUGUUGACUUGGGAGGUGAAUUGAGACGAGAUGUUUGGCAUGCAUUUAUCAGUGAAAUUAUUGCUCUACACAAGUUUCUUAGCGAGUAUGGACCAGAUGAUGAUGACCAAUCGCUAUUUCAAGUAUUUGGUUCUCACAAAGGGAAGGACAAGGCAACUACAGGUGCCAUUAAUGGCAUUGCCAGGCUUCAAGCACUCCAAUCUUUGCGAAAGUUGUUGGAUGAUCCAAUCAAACUUGUCCAGUUCUCCUUUUUGCAAAAUGCACCCCGUGGGGAUGCUGUUUUCCAAACUCUAGCUGUAAAUUAUUGGGGUGGUCAUUUAGUUGCAGAACUUACAGAUGCAGGUUAUCCACAAGCUCAAGGAAUGAGCCCUUGCACAGAGGAAUAUGAAAUCAGUGAUCACGUGUUUGACAUAGAUGGUAGUGUUUACUUGCGGAAGUGGAUGAGAUCUCCAUCUUGGGGUUCUAGUGCUUCCAUUGGUUUUUGGAAGCAUUCCUCUGUUAGACAAGCAGUUGUGUUAAAUAAAAAUCUUGUUAUAGCUGAUGAGACCCUGGUAGAAAGGGCAGCAACAAUCUGCAAACAGAAGUACCAGGCUGCAGAGAGAACUCAAGCCACAAUUGAUGCUGCAAAACUUCAAGGAAUACCCAGUAAUAUUGACCUUUUCAAGGAACUUAUUCUUCCCUUCGCAUUAAUUGCUAGGAAUUUUGAAAAGCUUAAACGCUGGGAGGAGCCGCACCUGACUCUCUCUUUUCUUGCAUUCACUUAUACGAUUAUUUUCAGGAAUCUGCUACCGUAUGUGUUUCCCGCAACAUUGAUUGUUUUAGCCAUUGGCAUGCUAACCCUUAAAGGGCUCAAGGAGCAAGGUCGUCUGGGUAGAUCUUUCGGAAAAGUCACGGUCUGUGAUCAGCCACCUUCGAAUACUAUUCAAAAGAUUGUAGCUCUAAAAGAUGCGAUGCGUGAUGUGGAAUGCUAUCUCCAGAAUCUGAAUGUUACUCUACUGAAAUUACGCACGAUUCUCUUAGCAGGUCAGCCUCAGGUAACAACUGAGGUUGCACUGGUGUUGUUAUCAUCUGCAACCAUUCUUCUCAUUGUUCCUUUCAAGUAUGUUAUUGCCUUUCUUCUAUGUGAUCUCUUCACUCAAGAGCUCAAAUUCAGGAGGGAAAUGGUUAAAAAGUUCUUAAGUUUCUUGAAGGAGCGUUGGCUCACCGUGCCUGCAGCCCCUGUAAUAGUAUUACCGUUUGAGGACAGGGAAUCUGGAGCUGCGAAUCAAAGAAGCCAAAUGGAUAGGAAAAGCAACCAGAAAGAAGGCAGAUCAGUUACGCGGCUAGAAAGUUUUUGACAUCCAGUGUAGUUUUAUACCGAAAAAUCUGUUCAAUAUUGUAUACAGAGAAGGCAAAGUUACAUCGAGUUUCUUCCUCCAUUUUUGUAUAGGCAUCAUCAGGAUGGCCGAUGCUGUCACUCUUCCAGGUGGGUGGGGGGGGUGGGGGGGGAGGAGGAAUGCGGCCUGGUCCUGGUAUGCCCAAGAUUCAUCUUAGGAGUGCUUACCCUUUGCUUUUCUGUUGUUGCUUGGCCUGUGGUCUCAGUGAUGGGACCAAUUUUUCUCCAUCAUGUCUCUAUAACAAGCUUUUCAUGUAAAUUAAGUUAUCUGCUAAACGAUAAUGGAAAGAAGAAAGAGCAUAAAGAUAAAUUUAGUUUUUAACCUAUGCUCAUUUUCUCACUUUGGUCAUAA